UCUGUCCAUGAAGCAGUUUCUGGAUUUUGGAUCAGAAAAUGCUUGUGAGAAAACCUCCUUCUCCUUCCUACGGCAGGAGUUACCAGUCAGGUUGGCAAACAUCAUGAAAGAGAUCAACCUGUUGCCAGACAACUUGCUGAGGACUCCAUCAGUCCGGUUGGUCCAGAGCUGGUACAUGCAGAGCCUCCAAGAAAUCCUGACAUUUAAGGACAAAAAUGCAGACGAUGAAAAAGUCACAGUAGAUUUUACAGGUGCUGUAAUAAAAAUCAGGAACCGUCACAAUGAAGUCAUCCCCACCAUGGCUCAAGGGGUGGUGGAAUACAAAGAAACAUAUGGCACUGACCCCAUUGUGAGCCAAAACGUGCAGUACUUCCUGGAUCGUUUCUACAUGAGUCGCAUUUCCAUCAGGAUGUUGCUCAACCAGCACACGCUCCUCUUUGGUGGGAAGGUGAAUCCAGCUCAUCCUAAGCAGAUUGGUAGCAUUGAUCCUCACUGCUGUGUCAGUGAUGUCAUCAAAGAUGCCUAUGAAAAUGCACGAAACCUCUGCGACCGGUACUACAUGAACUCCCCGGAGCUGAUCCUGGAGGAAUUCAACGAGAAAGAAAAGGACCAGCCCAUCACUGUGGUCUACGUCCCGUCACACUUGUAUCACAUGGUUUUUGAACUUUUUAAGAACGCCAUGCGGGCCACCAUGGAGUUACAUGGAGAUUCCAUGGAAUACCCUCCCAUCCACACACAGGUGGCUCUGGGAAGUGAAGACCUGACCGUGAAGGUGAGUGACCGUGGAGGAGGCGUGCCGUUGCGGAAGAUUGACCGGCUGUUCACCUACACCUACUCCACCGCUCCUCGGCCGAGCCUGGGUGGUUCACAGGCUGCUCCUCUGGCUGGUUAUGGCUACGGACUGCCCAUCUCUCGGCUGUACGCCCGCUACUUUCAAGGCGACUUGAAGCUGUACUCUCUGGAGGGCUACGGCACGGAUGCUGUGAUUUUUAUCCGGGCUCUGUCCACAGAGUCCAUCGAGAGGCUGCCCGUCUACAACAAGUCUGCGUGGAAGCACUACAAGACCAUCCACGAGGCCGACGACUGGUGCGUCCCCAGCAAGGAGCCCAAAGACAUGACCACAUUUCGCAGUUUCUAAUUUGACAUGGUCUGAAAGAACAAAGUGUACAGAGGAGACUGUCAGUGAUGUGUGUGCACAGGUUAAUUAUCUGAAAGGACUUUCUGUACAGAAAGUUUAUGAACUAUAACUGGAACAAACCAGAAACAUUUUUCUUAUUUGGGUUUCAAUAUCAUUCAGUAAUGACAUGCAUAUAUUUAGUUAGUUCGGUACAAUGCUAUGAAGUGAUACAUUUUAAAUACAUUAUAAUACAUUAUGGAUCAAUUCAUGUUUUUUUAAUUUCUGUGGGAGUUUGUUUUGACGUCCUGGUGGUCAGAAUCGGUACUGCGUACAAUGUAUGGUACAUUGUUGGAGGCUUAAAUGACAAGCUGGACACACUGGUUACACUUUGGCUCAUUACCUUUUUUAAAAAAACACACAAAAGCUAUGGCAUCUUAUUAUGUAUGACACUGUUUGAGCUGGCCUGUCUAAGAAUGAUACAGCAAAUGACAUUUUGUUUUACUUCAGGCUAAAGAAAACAUUUAUUAGGAAACCAGCCAAAACUGAAAGUUCAAGCAGCUUCAUCUUUUAAAAGGAAAUGUGUGUUUGGUUUAUUUUUAGGAUUGAGAUAUUUUCUGCAGUUCCAUGUUUACUUCACUGUACUUUGUUGGAGAAUAUGUGUUAACUCUCAUUUGGGAACAUAUACUUAACAGAUGUCUGGCUGUUUAUAGAAAUGUAAAUGAACAGCUUUUCAGCCCACUGAGUCAUGUUAAUGCCAGAAUACUACUAAUGAUGGGUUCAAGUAUUUUUAAAUGUUUUUACUCACUGUGCAAAGGUUAAAAACCCCUUUCCAGCUGUCGUGGACAGAGUUGCAUAUUCCCUACUGUGAAAAAGAAAGAACUGCAAGUUAAGUGGAGCUAAAAGUAACAUGUGUCUUGAUUUAGGUUUUAGGAAAAUUAUUUCACUAAGAACCUUGGCUCAAUUAACUGGACAAAGGUUAACUAAAUGUUUCUUUCCCACUGGUGUCAUGUUUAAUAAGAAUAUUCAGGUGGGGGUUGUGUCAUUAGGUCUCAUGUUGUUCAAUAAGCUAUUAUUCAAAUGUUUAUUACUGUUACACAACAGUUGUACUUUGUGGUACAUGUACAAUAAAAUCUACAAAAAUAUUGAUAUAUUUGCUUGGUUGGAAACAAACUUUUAAACCCCAUUGUCUCCUCAGAUUGAAUCCAAGUUGUUUGGCACCAUAAAAAAAAGAUUUAGGUUUUAAAGUCACAACUGCAAAACUGUAAACUGAUCCUGUUCCAAAAAGUGCCACUUGCUCUUGAAAAAAACAAAAAACAAAGCAAAACAAAAAGCUAGUCUGCCUUCUUUGAGGCUCAGAACUGCCACCUACUGGAUAUCCUUCAUUUUCCUGUAAAAAUAGGAACACAGCAAGAAAAGGACAAAGGGUAACUUUCAUACAGAUGAUAAUACUAAGUACAAAUUAUUAAUUAUCUUUAAGCCAUUCAUGUUGAAAAAAACAAUUUAAGUAUUUAAGUCAGUAUUCAAAAUUAGUUUAUUGAUGCUGUUUGUACCAAGAAUGGUUUGUCUAUUUCAGAAGAUGUAGACAACUUUAUUUUCUUGCAGUCCAGCAGAUGGCAAUGUACACGGAGUCAUAUUUGAUAAGUAAAA